UGAUAAAACUCCCAAAGGAAAAUUCCACGUUGCUGCAAUUGUGGAAAAAAAUGUCUCCUCUAUCCUUUUUUAUUUCCCUUCAACCACCAUACCCUCAUACCAUUCCUGCAACUCCAAUCCCAACCACCACCAUUCUCCCUCAUCCCAAAGCUCCGAAACAUGGACCGCCGGCUCUCCGAGGCCGUCGUAAAGGGCGACGUCCCGGCCCUUCAAAAACUCACACAAGAAGAUGAGGACAUCAUCAAACAGACAGCUCCUGGUUCAUUCAACACCAUAUUGCACCUGGCUGCCCGGUACGGGCACGUGGGGUUCGCGUCGGCCGUACUGAAUUCAUGGCCGGAGAUGGGGUCGGCGGAGAACGGGGAGAUGGAGACGCCUCUGCAUGAGGCAUGCAGAGAAGGGCAGAUGGAGAUUGUGAGAGUGUUGGUGGAGACUGAUCCUUGGGUUGUUUAUAAGGUGAACUGUAGGGAUGAGAGUGUCCUCUUUGUGGCAAGUGAGAAAGGGAGGCUUGAAGUGGUGAAGCAUCUUCUGAUCAACUUCCCAAGGCUACUGAUGCUGGAGGUUGAUGUGUUGACCAGUUCAAUCCAUGUUGCAGCUUCAGCAGGACAUACAGAAAUAGUGAAAGAAAUACUGGAGGUGCGCCCGGACUUUUCAUGGAAGAAGAAUUCACAUGGAUGCUCACCACUGCACCUAGCUAGCAGCAAAGGGCACUUGGAGAUAACAAGGGAGCUUCUGAGAUUGGAUCCAGACCUGUCUUCCUCGCAGGACCAAGAAGGUCGAACGCCGCUCCAUUUGGCUGCCAUUAAAGGGAGAGUCAACAUCUUAGAUGAGAUUCUCUCAGUGAGCCUUGAAUCUUCUGAGAUGGUGACAAGAUAUGGAGAGACAGUUCUACACAUUGCUGUGAAGAACAACCAGUAUGAGGCAGUUAGGUUCCUGAUGGAAACUCUCAACAUUACAAAGCUUGCUAACAUGCAAGACAAUGACGGCAACACCAUCUUGCACCUAGCCAUUGCCGGAAAACUCACCACUAUGGUGACCUACUUGCUUAAACUUGGUGUGGAUGUGAAUAUUCUAAAUCGCAAUGGAGACACAGCUCUAGACAUAGUUGCAUCUGAUGCUAGUAACUCAGGCGCCCUUGUGAUUAUACCGACAUUAGAAGAAGCAGGUGCUAAGAGAAGUGAGCAAUUGCCCCCUGCAUCACAAGAAAUCUGGCGGAUCAGCAGCAAUCCCAACUCCGAGAGAUCACAAGUAUACAGCCCCAACAUACCCAAGAAGAAGACUUCAGAGUCUCACCACCGGCACAAGCACCAUCACCAGAGAGCCAAGCAGCUCGAGCACCAACUGGAGGGCUUACGCAAUGCGCGAAACACAAUCACAGUAGUGGCGGUUUUAAUAGCAACGGUCACAUUUGCAGCCGGUAUUAACCCUCCUGGAGGGUUCAACCAAUCCACUGGAAAGGCUAUCAUGGGUAGGCACACUGCGUACAAGGUCUUCAUGGUGUGCAACAUUAUGGCAUUGUUCUUGUCCCUUGGCAUUGUCAACAUUCUGGUCAGUGUCAUUCCUUUUAGGCGAAAAUCCAUGACAAAACUACUGGUGGUGACACAUAAGGUCAUGUGGGUGUCCACGUUGUUCAUGUCGUCGGCCUACAUUGCUGCCACAUGGACGAUUAUGCCACAUGGACCGGGGACUAGAUGGGUGUCAGUAGAAUUGGUGGCUGUAGGUGGAGGGUGCACGAUGACGGUGUUUUUGGGGCUAGGGGUGAUGCUGGCAAGACAUUGGUGUAGAAAAUGGGAAUGGAGGAAGAAGAAGAAAGAGAGCAGAAGCAAGGAUGGAAGCCCCAUUUACAGUAUCAAUAGUCAAGUCGCAGAGAUGCAGACGAGGAAGAAGGGGAGUCGCGAGUGUAGUAGCAACUCGGAUGUUGAUAGCUCCGAUCAUGGUUACCACUUGUAUUAGCCAGAUAGUAUCCAUUGGAACUUCAUGAAUAACACAUACAGCUAGCUAGAUAGAACACUAACGCAGGACAAGUUUGGUUUAGUGCCUAGUCCUGAGGUUUUAGGUAUGUAGCAUUAUACACAUGUUACCACCAUCUGUUGUUAUAGAUAAAUAUGUACUUGUAUAUUCAUUGCUUUCAAUUAGUGAAUUUCUUCUUGAAAUUCAUUAUUGUUAGAAUUUGUAAUUCUUGGAUCAUUUCUGAGCA